AUGUCAUCCUACGCUGAGCUCCUGCAGACAUGCGCAGAGUUCCAGGAGAACUUUUCCGCCUUGACUGGCAAGUACAACGCUCUCUCACUGGAACUCAAGAACGCCAAGGCAAUGUGUGAGCGCAAGCAGCAGCAGCUAGACGAGGCAGCGGCGCGUGAAGAGCAGCAGCGCAAGCAGCUUUUAGAGCUGAAGAAAGAGGCAGAAGACGCCGCUACGUUUCGAGAGCGAUACCACGCAGCUGUCGUGACGAUAGAGCACCUCAAGUCCCAAGUCGCUCGUGCGCAUCGGAAGGCAUCGGAUACGUCGCUGGAACAUGACCAAGAAGUGCAGCAGCUGAAGCAGCAGCUGGAGGACAUGAUCAGGCGUGUGGAGACGGCGGCAGACGGGCAGCGGUUGCGCGAAUCGCAGAGGCAAGCGUUGGAAUUAGAGGAACGGUGCGCCACCAUCAAUGCCCAGCUACUGGAGGAUCGGGAGCGGCACAGUCAGCAGCUGCUGACAGCCCACAACGCACUGCGCGAGCAACAGAGCCGCAACCUCGAAUUGGAGCAGCGCAACCGUACCAUGGAGGCGGAUGUGGCAGAGAUGCGGGAGGCAGUGCGGCGCUCGACCGAGCUGCAAAACGAGGCGGUUCUGCUCAAGGAGCGCUUCUCGACCGCCGCCACGGUGGCGCAGCAUCAGGUAGAGGAGCUUCGCGCGGACGCGGAAGAGGUCCGCCGCCGGCUCACUCAGCUCAAAGAAGACCACCAGGCGCAGAUGGACCAGUUAGCGCAGGAUGCAGCAGAGAUACGAAACGAGUUGCAGGAGCGUGUGGUGUCUCUCACGGCAGACCUCUCCACAGCACAGCGCAAUCUGGCGGAGGAAAGAGCUCUUCACCGUCAGGUGCAAGCGAGUGCAGAGGAACAGGUGGCGCAGGUGCGCAACGCAUCAGUGGUGGAAGCGAGUGCACUGCGUCGCGCGCAGGCCGCCCUCAAGGAGGAGAACACGCGACUUCAGUGGCGUCUCGAGAAGAUGAAUAGCGAGCUACGCGAUGAACAACAAGCUCUGCAGGCGGUGCAGGCGCGCCACGAUAGCCUGGCGGCGAAGCUGCAGCAGUCCCAGUCUCAGCUGGACACCGCUGCCCAGCAAGAGGCGUGGUUGACCUGUGAAAGACAGAGCGUUGCCGACCAGCUGGCCGUCGCUCGACAGCAAUUGGAUGCGCUCAACAAGGCGCUCAUGCAUCACGAGGAGGUAACACUGCAGGUACAGCAGCUGACCAUGCGCUUGGCGAACGCGACAGAAGAGGCGCAGAACCAUCGGCAUGCUGCCCAGAUGUGCGAAUCACAGCUGCGUGAAAUGGAGGAAGCCUCUGCGCUCAAGGUGCGAGAGCUGCGACGAGAGCUGAAGGCGUACAAGAAGCAGCGCGCCAGCGAGGCGGCACGGGCCGAUCGUCUGCGCCGCAAGUUGAUGACCGCGCUGAUAGAAAAAGACGCAGGGCUGUAUCGCGCCUCCCGAUUCACUGGGCACGCCAUCCCACUUGCUGAGGGUGAGCCGGCCACCAUUCCAGCCAGCAGUGCGGUACUCCCGGAGAGCGCUUACAGAAAUGUUAUUAGUAUGCUGAGAAACCAAAGCCAACAGGCAGAGGAGCUGCAUACUCGUCUCGUGCAGUUGGCCCGGUGA